GAGCGGGGGGGCCAGCGCCGCUGCCGCAGAGCCGCCGCGGCGGAGGGAGGGGGCCAGGAUGGGCUCGGUGGGAGCCCAGCGCCUCAAGGAGCUGAGCCCGGUGGCGACGCCCGAGGGGAACGUGGUGAUGAGCUUCAGCUUCGACAGCUACCAGCUGGAGGAGGACGAGCUGCAGCGGGGCAGCCAGGCCAAGGCUGUGCUCACCUUCAUGGAGCCAGUUUCUGAGGACCCUGAGCCGCAGGAUCGAUACCAUGGGAUUUAUUUUGCCAUGCUGCUGGCUGGGGUGGGAUUUCUCCUGCCCUACAACAGCUUUAUCACCGAUGUGGAUUACCUGCACCACAAAUACCCAGGGACCUCCAUUGUCUUCGACAUGAGCCUCACCUACAUCCUGGUGGCCCUGGUGGCCGUCAUCCUCAACAACGCGCUGGUGGAGCUGCUGAGCUUGCACACCCGGAUCUCCGUGGGCUACCUGUUUGCCCUGGGGCCCCUGCUCUUCGUCAGCAUCUGCGACGUGUGGCUGGAGCUGUUCAGCCGCAGACAAGCCUACGCCAUCAACCUGGUGGCUGUCGGGGUGGUGGCCUUUGGCUGCACAGUGCAGCAAUCCAGCUUCUACGGCUACACGGGGCUGCUGCCCAAGCGCUACACGCAGGGAGUGAUGACAGGAGAGAGCACCGCCGGGGUCAUCAUCUCGCUCAGCCGCAUCUUCACCAAGCUGCUGCUGUCGGACGAGAAGGAGAACACCGUCAUCUUCUUCUUCAUCUCCAUCGGCAUGGAGCUGACGUGCUUCGUCCUGCACCUCCUGGUGAAGCGCACGCGCUUCGUGCGCUACUACACCGACUGCUCCCGCCAGGGCCGCGGCGCCGGCCAGCCCCGCGCCGGGUACCGCGUGCACCACGACGUCACCGCCGAGGACGUCCGAUUUGAAAACCGGGAGCAGGGGCAGCUGAGCUCCCCCCGGGGCAGCCCUGGCACCGAAGCUGAGCUGGCUGGGAGUGGCACCUACAUGCGCUUUGAUGUCCCCCGGCCCAAGAUCAAGAGGAGCUGGCCCAGCUUCCGAGACAUGCUGCUCUACCGCUACGUCGUGUCCCGCCUCAUCUGGGCCUACAUGCUCUCCAUCGCCAUGACCUACUUCAUCACACUGUGCCUCUUUCCCGGGCUGGAGUCGGAGAUCCACAACUGCACGCUGGGGGAAUGGCUCCCCAUCCUCAUCAUGGCCAUCUUCAACCUCUCUGACUUCGUCGGCAAGAUCCUGGCUGCCCUGCCCUACGACUGGAGAGGGACCCACCUCCUCGUCUACUCCUGCCUCCGCGUGGUCUUCAUCCCCCUCUUCAUCAUGUGCGUCUACCCCAGCGGGCAGCCCACCUUCGGCCACCCCGCCUGGCCCUGCAUCUUCUCCCUCCUCAUGGGCAUCACCAACGGCUACUUCGGCAGCGUGCCCAUGAUCCUGGCCGCAGGCAAAGUGAGCCCGGAGCAGCGGGAGCUGGCAGGGAACACCAUGACCGUGUCCUACAUGACGGGCUUGACGCUGGGCUCGGCCGUGGCGUAUUUUGCCUACAGCCUCAGCAGCACCUCCCACAGCACCUGCUUCUACACCGAGACCUCCAACGGCUCCUUCACCUCGGGGUACUGAGCCCUGGGGCAGGGCAGUGGGGACAGGAUGGGACCUGCUUCCCACCACGGCCCCACAUCCCUCCUCAAGGAGGGAGCCUGGAGCCAGAAAGCCACCCCAGCAUGGACAAGGACUGGUAUCCUGUUGGCACAGGGCUGUGGCAUUCCCAAAUGGCCUGUGCUGCCCAGCCAGGCACUGUGCAGGGCCACUGCUUGGGGUGACAUUCCUCCCACCCCAGGGGACGGUUCUUGCUGCUUUUGGGGGUCUCCCCAUCAGCAAUGUGCAGCUCUCCACUGGAGGCUGGGGAUCUUCUGUUUGAGGCAAGCCAUUGACAGGAGGAAGAAAAUACUGCCAAAUCCCAAAGGGAAUAGGACCAGCACUGGGGAGGAGGGUGAUGGAGGGCUGGUGAGGAAGAAGAGAAGCAAGAGAGGAAAGAAACACUCCUUCAGUCCCCCGUGGCUCUGGGAAGGUGGGUCUCGACUUCCAUUGAUGGUGCUGCAGGUUUUCACCAGGGAUGGCUUGAAAUCACAGUCUCUCCCUAAAUAUAGGAAUCAUAUAGUUGGGGAAAAAAGAUUUUUUUUUUUAUUGUGUCUUGUUUUACUCCCGCUAACUGCAACAGAGGCAGGGUCUUGCCUCCCCCCACCCCACACUGUGAAUCUGCUCCAUGCAAGGGGUAGAGGGGGGGGUCCUAAGGCUACAGCACUGCCAGUGCCACCUGCAGGCCACUGCUGAGCUUCAAGUUUUAUUGCACAGGAUGGAAGUGAAGCUGAUUAAAUAAUUCAAUGUCUUUGCAACAA